AUGGGCCUGACUGCGUACAAGACAGGGUCUGCGUCUUAUGCUACAGCGGAUCUAAAAAGGAUCCAGAAAUACGCGCAGCAGAAGGGCAGCAGAAACCAGCAUGUAUCGGUUCCCGGAAUUUCCAACCCUCCCCCAGUCAGCGCCGUGGACGAGAGCCUGAAGGAGGGCGCUGCGUGGCUGGAGGCCGGGAUCUCAAAGGCGGAGAAGGCGUCCAAAGUAACUCUGAAUCACGACGUCGUCACCGUGUCCCUGGAUAACGAGGAGCUGGGCCAAGAGCAGCUAUGCUCCUCCAUCUUCAACGGCGCCGCCCUCCUGUUGGACGUCACAGCAGGAGGGUGGGCGUACGGGCGUGACACCGCUGCCGCCCACGGAAUCCCGUACGUGCGUCUGCAGAUCUCGAAUUACCAGUGGAUGUCAGCUGUGGACGAUCUCCUCCAGAGCAGAAACGCCACGGACGCUGCUCUCAUCUUCGGCACAGAGUCUCAGCUGGACCAGGCCCUCUACUACCUCGUCGAAGGCUCCGUAGUCCGCGUCAUCGUCCUGGCCGGGAUCAUGUCCAACACGACGGAGACGCUGAAGAAGAUGAGACCGGCGCCAUCAUACUACGUCAUCCUCGGCUCUUCCAAGGAGAUAUCCACGCUCUUCGAUAAGGCCAUGCAAAAUGACCUCGUUACGCGAGACUCGCGCUGGACACUCGUGGCGACGGACUACAACCCAAAGGUUUUCGAUCGCCAAAUGCUCUACGGCUCCACGGGCGUGACGGUGAUGGCACCCACGGAACAGGUCUGCUGCGUCGCCAGGAGGGUGGUGUCGGCGUGUGACUGCAGUUCUCUCAUUAUCCCUCAAGAACUGACCAUCAACGGCGUGAAGGCUCUGACGGCGACGCUGAAGACUGACAAAAGGGCGAACGUUCAAGGGUCCUGCGACGCCCCUCCAGAUACCCCGGCCUCCACCGCCUCCUUCUACGUCGCCCUCCAGCAGGAACUGGUAUCGUGGUACAACAUGAUGUGGUCGGCAGACAAGAUGCAGAUGACGCCCCAACUGGAGUUCGCCAUCACAGCCAUCAACAGCUCGGCCAGCGUGGCAGUGGGCACCUGGGCGACGAAUUCGCUCCUGAAGCUGAACCCCAACUACGAGCACUCCCCCAUCAGGCGGUUCUUCAGGAUUGGGACUGUGAUGGCGCGGCCGUGGGUGUACAAGAAGGAGGGCAGCGCGGCGUACGAGGGCUACUGCGUGGAGCUCUCCAAGAAGCUUUCGGAGCUGAUGACGUUCGACUUCGAGUUCGUGUUCCCGGAGGACGGCCACUACGGCGCGCGGCAGAAGAACGGCUCCUGGAACGGCCUCGUCGGCGACCUGGCCAACGGGAACACAACAUCAGGUAGCGCCCUAUCUCAUGACUUCCAGAGAGAUGGAGGAUUGAAUUCUGGCUUCCGUAUUUCGACCAAUCUGGCAUCUCAAUCGCGCAAGAGAUUGAUCCGGAAACGCCAGCGUCAGGAGAAUCUGUUCAAGUUCAUGACGGUACUGAAGGCGGAGGUGUGGGUGUCCAUCGUGGCGGCGCUGGUCGUCACGGGCAUCAUGAUCUGGCUGUUGGAUAAAUACUCGCCUUACUCGGCCCAGAACAAUGCUGCUCUUUACCCGCCGAACUGCAGGAUCUUCACGCUGAAGGAGAGCUUCUGGUUCGCCCUGACGUCCUUCACGCCGCAGGGAGGAGGGGAGGCACCCAAGGCUCUCAGCGGCAGGACUCUCGUAGCGGCUUAUUGGCUCUUCGUGGUGCUAAUGUUAGCGACUUUCACCGCUAACCUCGCUGCCUUCCUCACCGUCGAGCGUAUGCAGACGCCCGUGAGUUCCCUGGAGGAGCUAGCGGGACAGAGCAAGAUCAACUAUACCGUGUUAAAGUCAACGGCCACAGGACAGUACUUCCAGAACAUGGCGGCCGCAGAGGAAGAACUUUACCGGGUGUGGAAGGAACUCACCCUUAACAGCACAAGCGACCAGAGCAAGUACCGAGUGUGGGACUACCCUAUCAAGGAACAGUACACGCACAUCCUUCAGGUUAUCGAGGAGACAGGCCCUGUAUCACGCGCCGAGGAGGGUAUCAAAAAGGUCCUGGACAACGAGAACGGAGAGUUCGCCUUCAUCCACGACGCCUCCGAGAUCCGCUACGAAGUGUACCACAGCUGCGACCUGACGGAGGUGGGAGAGCCCUUCGCCGAGCAGCCGUACGCCAUCGCAGUGCAACAGGGGAGCCACCUGCAGGACGAGAUCAGCAGGGCGAUUUUGGAACUGCAGAAAGACCGGUACUUCGAGGCUCUCUCCGCUCAGUUCUGGAACUCGUCAGCGCGCGGAAUUUGUCCCAAUGAUAACGAUUCGGAGGGUAUCACCUUGCAGUCGCUCGGUGGGGUCUUCAUCGCCACACUAAUAGGCCUAGCCCUGGCCAUGAUCGCCUUGGCAGCCGAGGUCAUGUACUACAAGCGCAGUCCAAACAAGGUCACGGACAUAACACCCAAAAUGGCGCUCAAAAUGGCACCGGGAAAGGACCACGUUUCCCGAAUUAAUGUGACGCCCGUGUACUGAUGGGGGCGUGGAGCCUGGGACCCGUGUUGCUCCGUCUUUCUCUUCUUUGUUUUGUGCAAUAUUGAGGAUGUAUGAGUUGCAUCACCAUCAUGUAUAUCAAUGUCUUUUUUUUAACGAUUGUGAUACUGAUUAUUUAAAUUUUUGUUACUGAUAUUCUUGUUAUAUGGUUAAUGUGGAUAUUAUUAUACUCAUAUAAUUAUGGUUCUAAAAUAAUGUGUUUGAUAACUAAUAUGACUGCUGUUAAUCACUUUUGUUACUAUUCCAAUUCCAUAAUUAACAUUAUUACAGUCACCAUUCUUAUUCUUUUAAAAACAAGUUUCUUUCCAACUUAUGAUUAUCGAAAACUAUUAUUAUUACCAAUACUGAUACUGUGAUUGAUUAUCGUUAUUAUCGUUGUCGUUAUUCUGUAAUCACUACUGAUACUACUUUCCUCAUCAAGAUCAUCACGGCUACCAUAAUUAUCAUUCAUAUCACCCGUAUUAUUAUCAUUAUUGUUAUCCUUUUGUGCUCUAAGAAGCCUUCAGUUUACUUGUGUUAUUAACUGCAGAAGUUCCAAGUGUUAAGCCGGUUGUAUACCACUAGUCUUUAUAGUGACCGAUAUCACAUUUUAAGCAAAUUGGUAUAUUGCACUUGAUGAUAAACUUAAUGUACAAAUUAGAGGUAGUGAAUAGAAAAUAAAUAAAACAGGUAAAACUAAUAUUAGAGAAAAUAUCUCAUAUAAUCAAUCUAUAUUAUAAUUCACGGAUCUUUUAUGAUGAACUUCAACAAAAAAUAAACUGAAAACAUCCAUGAAUCUCUUUGGUAGAUAGUCUUAUUUUAUGUCAACGAAUUCAUAUGAAAUAACAAUAGCAGUAUCCAAAAACAGAAUACAAUUUAUAAUGAGUGUAGGGUAAUAAAUAGCAAUGUCCCAUUCUAAAAAAGGCACAAAAGUACAUGUGCUAGAAUUCACAGAUCCAGCACAUCACAAGCACAAAGUAUACAUUAGGAAUGAUCUCUCAUGCGAACAAUCAAGUACCUGUGAUGCACUCUCUCGACCUAUGUCUGACUAAUGCAAAUAGGUCGCACAUUGGAAGGAAAGUAGGAGCUUAAUCUUAAUGCCUGUUUUAGACCCAGGAAAGUUCAUGCUGUGUCGACCCGUCCCACAAGAUAAAAUGUUUUAGUUACCCUUGGAUAAUCCGUUUUCUUUUGUCUUGCCUUUCAUGAUAUUUCUGUCACGAAAAUGUCGAAAUGUAAAUGACAAUAUCUUCAUGGAAUUCUUUGUCAGGUUUAUAUUAGAAUUCAACCGUAAAUUUGUCGGUCUAUAUUAUAGGCACAUAUAUAAUCUGCCAAUCAUGUUAAUAAAACCCAGUGUGAAACAGACAUAGGAUUAGUAAUGGUUAGGAUAGAAAUAUGUUCUAUGAGCAUCUUUGGGUGAUUUACAUUGCAUACAGUUCUUCUUGUCAAUGUUGAAAAGUGACAGUGAAUAAUGUCACAUACACACACAC